AUGGUGAUACUUUUUAUUGGGGCAACUUGUCCUCCCUCCAUCCAUUUGAAGUUUAUACAAAGUGCGACAAGUGUAAUUACAAAGUGCGACGAUUUUUCAGGUGUUUCAGGCGCAUCAAACAAGUCCUAUGAGCACAAGAUCCGUGCCUAUCUUCUGGACGACUAUGACAAAACAGUUCGGCCAGUUUUGGGCAAUAAAUCUGUGGAGGUGUCGUUUUCUAUGAAAAUCAGCAGACUUGUAAAAGUGGUGAGUAAGAAAUGACGCCUUUGCUUUGAAUUAAUUUCAGUCUGUUUCGAUUUUUCGUCGUUUCGCCACCGUGAACAAACUCGUUUCUAGGGUUCUCUCUUACUCGUCCUCCGGAGCAAGAGAACUCUGGGAACGAAAUCGGCAUUUUGAAUUGAACAUGAAAGACUACCUAGAUAUUAAGAAACUUCCUAUUUAGUCAUUCAGUUGUAAACAUUGAACUUCAAAAAAUCUUGGUGGAAUGUGGCGAAACGUCUUAUAAAACAAGGCAUGUAUAAGAAAGAGAAUGCAUUCUUAUUUAGUGGGGCUUUGAGUAGAUGACAGAGUAUUCUGAACUCCAGCUGAUACUUUUAAAAAACGGCUCACUCUCAACUUGAAUUGAGGAGGGUGAAAAGAAGAAACAAAACAGCUAAUUAUACUAGCUUUAGCCAUCAGGUACUAAAAAGACUCAUCAAAAAAAAUUCUCAUCAAUAAAUUUCCUUCUAAAAAUCUCUGAAUAGAAACUUUUGGUAUGUGUUCGCAUAUCAUUACAUCUAUUUUUUAGAAAAUAUCUGUUGUCGAUGAUCUUUGACUUCAUGGUUAUGGUAGUGAACGUAGGAGUAUGAUAAUGACGUCAUAAAUCUCUUCUCCAAAUCCGCCACGGCUUGGAACUGAUAUAUAGCAUAUGCCAUAAUGAAGCAGGGCUGCAACUACUCAAAAUGAAUGAAAAUGCUAAAACCUUUAAGAUAGUAAGCAUUGCCAGUAGAAAGUCUUGAACAAUUGUACGUAAUUUUUUUGUUUGCUUUAUAUAGGAUAACAAAGAACAACUGGUUGUUUUGGAUACCUGGGUGACACAGGUAAGCUUAUUGCGUUCGACGAAGGAUAACGCAUCCUAAUGUUGAUUCUUUCCCACUAAAUCAACUUAGUUGUGGGGUCUGCCAUGUGCUCCAACUCAGCCGCCUGCUUUGUCAGGGUCAUUUGUCAGUCGUUGGGGAAACUGAGGUAAAUUGUCUUUUGGUUGAACUCAAAUCCCUAAAUUAUGACAAUAGCCAUAACAGGACAGAUAGGAAGUCUCCCAGUUAAGCCUAUGGGAUAUCUUCAUUUCAAAAAGUUAUUUUUAGAACCAUGUGGAAACAGCUUCCGGCAAGCUGGUUGACUUCCGGAAGACUCGCUUUCACGCAACUCAAUGUUUAUUAAAAUAUAUUGUGAAUUUCUUAGACCUGGACAAAUACAUUUCUUCAGUGGGACGUGAAUAAUUUUGGAGGUUUUAACCGUGUGCAGUUUCUCCCUGAUGAGAUCUGGGUACCAGAUAUUUCACUCUUCAACAAGUAAGGAAAUUUAGGAAUGGAACUUAACAUAUAAAAAAAAAGUGUAUUAUUAUAUGAGAGGGAUUUUAGCUGAACUUGGAUUUAAAAAAUAAAACAAAGGGAUCGUACGUUGCCGUGGUUAAUGGCCAUUCACAUAUGGGACUACGUCAUUAGGCUCAAUUUCCGCCGCUCUCUCGGUCUUCCCGAGAAGAGACAACGAUCUGAUUGGUGGAAAACAAUAAUAGCAAACCCACGUGUCCAGCCGUCUGUUCGGGGGAUGAACGCGGGCUCACUUCCCUAACAGCGCCCCGAGCCUACUACGUUAAAUUCACUCACUCUUCUUGGAUCUGAAAGGAACUGUAAUUGGAGAAAGCGUUUCAGAUUAGCAAAAUGACCAGGUUUGAAACCAACGACGUAUGAUAGUUAGGAGAUAUAACUAAAAAGUUUGAAUUUUUAAGGAAUCCGAACAGCUUGUAUUAAAAACGUUAAUGUAAACAGUGGCGUUGCUCUUCAGUAUCAAAAUCAAGGGCCUUUGAAGUUUUAGUUUGAUCACAGCAUUCUAAUUGCUCUUUAGAGCGAGUGUACAGAAAUGAGAACGCACUUCGUCCAGAUAAAGUGACGACUUCUCCCCAUUUGCAGUGUUAUAAUAUAAAUGGUGAACAUUUCUGUUUGUGUCUUAUUAGUGGUGAUGACAGUGUUACAUUAGCUGGAGGAAGGACAAAGUUUGUCACCGAAAUUUCUGUGGCGAACACUGGACACUGCGUGUGGAGUGGACCAGCAACAUUUAAGGCCAGCUGUGAAAUGGCGAUCAACAAAUGGCCUUUUGAUACACAGACUUGUGAGCUAGGUUUUGGUUCAUUCACGUAUGGCAUUGGUCAGAUGAAUAGUAAACUGUUUCAAGACUCAAAAGGCCAAUUUACUAGUAAGUCAUUUGUUUCAUGCCAGUGCGCAGGUUACAGAGUGUCCACUUGUUAAAACCAGCUUCCAAUCUCAUAGCCUACGCCACAACGGGUUAGAUUACGUCUCCGAGGCUGGCUACGAAUCUCGCAUUACUGUACAGAGUUUUGAUUUAAUCGACAACAAGCAGUGGCGAAUCCAGGGGAGAGGUCCGGUCCGGGGGAUUCCGGACCCCCUUCCCCCCCCCCCCCCCCCCCCCCCCCCCCCCCCUGGCCCAUACUAUUCUUACCUCCACACGUUGUUGUUAUUUUCUUUUUUUUGCUUUGUUUUUUUUUUUAUUGUAUCUCCUUGUCUGUGACUCAAACACCAUCUAUAGCACGCAUAAUAACUACACCAAUCCGUAAUCUCACCGACACAGCACGCGAAGAAAUAGACUCCCUGCGCAGGCACACGAAAGCGCCUGUUCUUUACAUAAAUUUUUUUUAAAUGACAAAACAAGGGGCCAGGAGGGGAGGGGGGAGGGGCGGGGCGGGGGUUGGCUUCCCCCCACCCCCCCCCCCCCCCCCCCCAUCAGACCUGACGCUUGUUUGAGAAUGUAAUUCUUACAUCGACAGGAUUCGUAUAUCACUUUUUAACUGGCUGAUUUUUUUAAUGAAACGCGCGUUGCUGCCACUAAACUAAAUUCCAGGGAUCUUCAUUCAAAACUAUUUUUCCCCUGAUCUGUUCGUCUCUUCUCGCAAAGCAGUAUUUCCCGCGCCAACGGCGAGCGGCGUUCACAGAUUAAGAAACACUAGGUCGUCUCUGUGAGAAGUAAUUUGCCAUAAAAAAAAGUUCAACGGUCCUUUCUGAACCAAUGUUUGGAUCCCCUGAAUCAAAAAUUCCUGGAUUCGCCCCUGACAAAGGCCCAACCUCCGGCCUCGGGUACAGCCGGAAAUUAUCCACCACAAAAAAAGCAUUCAGUGAGAUGCUGAGGUCCUCGUCAAAGAAAAUCAAGUCGAAGGAAAUCGUCUCGACGAAGGACUAAUGCUAAAAAAAACAACGAACUUUCAAAAUUACAUCUCGUUACUCGCGGUGGUCAGUCAAAUUUUUUUUACUCUAUAUCUGACACAUCGAAUCCAUAAUUAUAUAGUUUCUAUAGAACAUAAUCCGUUUACUGUUUGAUUUGUAGAUCGAUUUGUUACAAGCGGUGACUGGGCUAUAGACGAGAUCACCACCUCAAUCAAAACUACCGAUCAUGGGGACUGUUGUCCAUUUAAAUUCAGCGAGGUAGUCUACAAACUUAAAAUGACAAGAAAGCCAUUGUACCACGUCUUCUACCUCACGAUACCCAGUUUGAUGCUGAUGGUCCUCGGCCUAACAAGCUUCCUUAUUCCCGUGGAGAGUGGUGAAAGGAUUGGCUUUGUCACCACCAUCCUAUUGGCUAUGACUGUGUUUUUGCUCCUUAUUCCGUCUUUUCUUCCGGAGAGUUCAGAUGGUGUUCCAGUCCUUGGAAUUGGGCUUCAGGCCACCAUGAUAAUAAUAGCCUUGGUGCUGUUUUGUAAUAUUUUCGUUCUAAAGUUGUUCUUUACCGAGGGAACUCCGCCAAAAUGGGUACAGAACCUCUGCAGAUUGUGCUGUCUUAAGAAGGGGAAAACCGUCCAGCGGAUUCAUGUAUCUAAAGUAAGUUUGAGAGCUAAAUCAAGCGCAUCUGCGAACGCAGUUGAAUUGGACGAGAGGUCUGGCGGAAAAAGCAACACGCCGACGGUUUGGGAGAAAACAGAGGAUGAUCUAACAUGGCAACAGGUGUCAAUCAAGCUUGACCAAGUGUUUUUCGUUCUUUUCGUGGUGAUUGUUGUAAUCACCCAUGUUGUAAUCUACACAGCUUAG